GACUGUGUACACAGCCUGGGAACCCCGCCUGGGGUGCCCCGGUCUCGUGCAGAGUUUGGGUUGCUGCAGUUGCAGCUGUCGCGUUCGAAAAGUGCCUCUGCCUCGCGAGCGGUGAGCAGGGGUCACGCGCGGGUGAGAUUAAGGCGAAGGGAUACCCGAUGGUGUGUGCUUCGGCGCCGCUGGCAGUGGCUGGUGUCCUAGGGCGCUGUACGCGGGAGUGUUCGGCUUAGUUUACUCGUUUGUGAAACCCAGGCAGAGGAAGGCGAGGCAUCACAGGGUCCCUUUCAGCCUCACAGUGACUUGGGGUUGUCACAGCUAAUGUUCCCUGGCCUCACGAGGGUUCCGCGAGGGUGCCACGUAGCGCCAAAGACACAGGUGGUGUGAGCGGAGUGCCAGAGGUCGUCUGGACUCUUCUUCACUCGUCAGUUUUCGAACUGGAGGGGACUUCAGGAUCAUCAAGCAGAGGCCGCCACUUUACAGAUGAUGAAGCCGCUUCAGAAAGGGACAGGAAUGGGCUCAAGGCCCCCUGCCGCGCACACUCCACACAGGGCUCCCGCUCUUUAGUAGUGAGUGAAGACGAACACACAUGUGGAGACUCAGCCGCCCUGUGACUUCCAGCCGUGACCAUCACCACCAACCACCAUUUCACAAACACCCGCGCUGUCCCAGCACUGUUCUGGGUAUUGUGGGGGGAUUCAAAAGAGAAGGCGCAGAGUUUGCCCUCAGGCUGCUCACCAGUCGUUUGGGUUUGAGAGCUGAAGCCCACACAAAUGAAGCGGCAUAAAAAUGGUAACAAGCAGAAUCUCACGAGGAUGGGUUCUAAGAAGAAGGUUCAUGCAUUUGUCCGCAUCAAGCCCACUGAUGACUUUGCGCACGAAAUGAUCAAAUACGGAGACGACAACAAAACCAUUGAUAUUCACUUAAACAAAGACACUCGGAGAGGAGUUGUCAAUAACCAGCAGACAGACUGGUCCUUCAGGCUGGAUGGAGUUCUUCACGACGCCUCCCAGGACUUGGUUUAUGAGACAGUGGCAAAGGAUGUGGUUUCUCAGGCCCUGGAUGGCUACAAUGGCACCAUCAUGUGCUACGGGCAGACGGGAGCCGGCAAGACGUACACCAUGACGGGGGCAACUGAGAAUUACAAGCAGCGGGGGAUCCUGCCCCGCGCCCUGCAGCAGGUCUUCAGGAUGAUCGAGGAGCGCCCCACACACGCCAUCACAGUGCGCGUCUCCUACCUGGAAAUCUACAAUGAGAGCCUGUUUGACCUCCUGUCCACUCUGCCCUAUGUGGGACCCUCUGCCACGCCAAUGACCAUCGUGGAAAACCCCCAGGGGAUCUUCAUUAAGGGCCUGUCGGUCCACCUCACCAGCCAAGAGGAGGACGCCUUCAGCCUCCUCUUUGAGGGAGAAACCAACAGGAUCAUAGCCGCCCACACCCUGAACAAAAACUCGUCCAGGUCGCACUGUAUCUUCACCAUCUACGUAGAGGCCCAUUCCCGGACCUUAUCGGAUGAAAAGUACAUCACUUCCAAAAUUAACUUGGUGGACCUGGCCGGCUCGGAGAGGGUGGGGAAGUCUGGGUCCGAGGGCCGUGUCCUGAAGGAAGCCACCUACAUCAACAAGUCACUGUCCUUCCUGGAGCAGGCCAUCAUCGCCCUCGGGGACCAGAAGCGGGACCACAUCCCUUUCCGCCAGUGCAAACUCACCCACGCCCUGAAGGACUCGCUGGGGGGAAACUGCAACAUGGUCCUCGUGACUAACAUCUAUGGAGAAGCCGCCCAGCUGGAGGAGACGGGCCAGAGACGUCUCACGUGGAGGGAACCAGAGGGCUUCGGCUGGAAGCUGUGCAGCUGGGCCGCGGAGAAGCUGUCCUCGCUACGCUUUGCCAGCAGGAUGAAGCUGGUCACGACUGAGCCUGCCGUCAACGAAAAGUACGAUGCCGAGCGAAUGGUCAAGAACCUGGAGAAGGAACUGGCACUGCUCAAGCGGGAGCUGGCUGUCCACAACAGCUUGACCAACCGCCCCAUGGUGACCUACGACCCCAUGGAUGAAGUCCAGAUUGCUGAGAUCAACUCCCAGGUGCGGAGGUACCUGGAAGGAACGCUGGAGGAGAUCGAUAUAAUCAACCUCAGGCAGAUCCAGGAGGUGUUCAACCAGUUCCGGGUGGUUCUGAGCCAACAAGAACAGGAAGUGGAGUCUGCCCUACGCCGGAAGUACACCCUUAUAGACAAGAACGACUUUGCCACCAUUGCUGCCGUCCAGAAGGCGGGGCUUAUGGAUGCUGACGGCCACUUAGUUGGGGAAGCUGAUGGACAAAGCUUUGCAUUUGGGAUCAUCCCUUUCUCUACCAAGACUGGGAAGAAAGCCAAGGCCAAGAAGACAUUCAAAGAGCUGAGCUCUUCGUUGAGAAAAGAAGGUGCCAUCAGCCCUUUGAGUGCCAAGGACCUGGAUGUGGUCUCUACCUCCAAGACCCAGCUGGUCCCAUCUGCCAAGGAGGGGGAUGGCAAGGACAUGCUUUCACGGGACAGGGAAACUUCCAGCAUCGAGCCUCCAGCAUCAAGUUCCCCGAAGGAGGAAUCGCGCCCACCCAGGCCCAGCACCCCACCCCCCAGGCCUUUGGCCUUCGAGGAUUUCAAGAACGAGCGAGGUAGUGAGAUCAACCGCAUCUUCAAAGAAAACAAAUCCAUCUUGAAUGAACGGAAGAAAAGGGCCAGUGAGACCACACAGCGCAUCAAUGCCAUCAAGCGAGAGAUUGAUGUGACCAAGGAGUCACUGAACUUCCAGAAGUCGCUACGGGAGAAGCAAGGUGAGUAUGAGAACAAGGGGGUGAUGAUCAUCGACGAGGAGGAAUUCCUGCUGAUCCUCAAGCUCAAAGACCUCAAGAAGCAGUACCGCAGCGAGUACCAGGACCUGCGCGACCUCAGGGCCGAGAUCCAGUACUGCCAGCGCCUGGUAGAUCAGUGUCGCCAGCGCCUGCUCAUGGAAUUUGACAUCUGGUACAACGAGUCCUUUGUUAUCCCCGAGGACGUGCAGAUGGCCCUGAGGCUGGGCAGCAGCAUCCGACCAGGCAUGGUGCCUGUCCAGAGGAUCGUGUCUCUGGGAGAAGACGACCAGGACAAGUUCAGCCAGCUUCAGCAGACGGUGCUGCCUGAGGCGCCUGAUUCCAUCCCCUUCAUCAAUGCCAAAGUCAAAACAGAACAGAAGCAAAAGUACUUGAAAACCAUGAUGGGCCUCCAGCAGGCCCACAGAAAAUAGUCUCCUCACCAGUCCCCGGAGGGCCGUCAACUCCAGCCUGCUGAAAUGGAGCCACUGAAGCACCUGCCAGGAGCUCCAAUCACCCUGCCCCUGGCUGCCCCAUGGCCUGCAUGCUGGGAAGAGUGUCUUCCAGGGUGCACGCUUGCUCACCUCCACAGAGCAUGUUUGGUUUUGAUUCAUUGUCUUACAUGCAAGGACAGGAUAAAAUUACUUUCUAGUUUGGACUUUUUAGUGCUAAUCCAAGAAUGAUGUUUUAUUUCCCA